CUUUAAUUAACCUUAAACAAGACCACCAAAUUUUUUUUUGUGUCAUCACAUGUUCUCAUGCAUAUAUCUUCCAAGACCAUUCGAGGCCUGGUAUGAUCAAAAUAUUUCUUCUGUCUUUUUUUUUUUCUUUUGCUGCGUGCGUAGUAGAGAUGUGACGUUGAUCUAACUUUGAUGUUAUUCAAAAAGCUUAAUGUUCUUUUUUCUAUAUAAUGGUUGUCUGUACUAGUCAUUGCAGGCCAGUAAUAGUAAAUAGUCUCGGUGGAGAUAUGAAAGGUGGCAAAUCGAUCGACCAGAAUCAGAAUAUGCAGUUUAUAAUCUGUCUGUAGAAAGAGAUUUGAUUGAUCGUAUUAUUUGAUAGAGAGGGUUUCUUAGGUUUUUGUGAUUGUAUCAAAAAAUGGAAGGGGAAGAAGACACUGUGGCGGGUUCUAGCAUUAUUCCAAAGAAGAAAAUGGCGAAACAGCUGACCGGAAAACGCGAAGACACUCUGCUUCAUUCAGCUGUGAGACAGGGUAACAAAGACAAAGUUGUCGAGAUUCUUACGCAAACCAGAGAGUCUGAGUUGAAUGAGCUGUUGGGAAAACAGAACCAAUCAGGCGAAACCGCACUUUAUGUUGUAGCAGAGUACGGUGAUGUCGAGAUUGUGAAGGAGAUGAUCAAAUGCUAUGAUCUUGCUCUGGUUGAGAUCAAAGCAAGGAACGGUUUUGAUGCUUUCCACAUUGCUGCAAAGCAAGGACAUCUCGAUGUGUUGAAGGUUUUAGCAGAGGCUCAUUCGGAGCUAGCGAUGACGGUGGAUCUAUCGAAUACAACAGCACUGCACACAGCGGCAACACAAGGACAUACAGAAGUGGUAAACUUUCUAUUGGAAUUGGGAAGCAGCCUCGCUGGAAUUGCCAAGAGCAAUGGCAAGACGGCCCUGCACUCUGCAUCAAGGAAUGGGCAUGUCAAAGUCAUUAAGGCUCUCUUGGCAUCAGAACCUGCGAUUGCAGUCAGAAUGGACAAGAAGGGCCAAACAGCUCUUCACAUGGCGGUGAAAGGAACAAAUGUGGAGGUCGUGGAGGAGCUUAUCAAAGCGGAUAGGUCCUCUAUCAAUAUAGCCGACACAAAGGGAAACACCGCGCUGCAUAUUGCAGCCCGAAAAGGCAGAUCGCAGAUUGUUAAGUUGCUUCUGGCCAACAACAUGACGGACACAAAAGCUGUUAACCGAUCAGGCGAAACCGCACUUGACACAGCAGAGAAGAUUGGGAAUCCAGAGGUGGCUCUUAUCUUACAGAAACAUGGUGUUCCCAGCGCCAAGACCAUUAAGGCAUCCGGGCCUAACCCUGCUAGAGAGCUGAAACAAACUGUAAGUGAUAUCAAGCAUGAGGUUCACAACCAGCUUGAGCAUACACGCCUGACCAGAAAACGUGUUCAAGGAAUAGCCAAACAGCUCAACAAAAUGCACACAGAAGGUCUAAACAAUGCAAUUAACUCGACAACUGUUGUAGCUGUUCUGAUUGCUACGGUAGCUUUUGCAGCCAUUUUCACUGUCCCAGGGCAGUAUGUAGAAGAGACGAGUAAAAUUCCAGAUGGGCAUUCCCUCGGGGAGGCGAAUAUUGCAUCGACGAUUCCAUUCAUAAUUUUCUUCAUCUUUGAUUCUAUCGCUCUCUUCAUCUCCUUAGCAGUCGUGGUGGUUCAGACAUCAGUGGUGGUAAUAGAGAGCAAGGCCAAGAAACAGAUGAUGGCUGUGAUAAACAAACUUAUGUGGCUUGCCUGUGUUCUCAUCUCUGUUGCCUUUUUGGCUUUGUCGUUUGUUGUUGUUGGUGAAGAAGAGAAGUGGCUUGCCAUUUGGGUGACUGCUAUUGGGGCAACAAUAAUGAUCACGACAUUAGGAACGAUGUGCUACUGGAUAAUACAGCACAGGAUUGAAGCUGCCAAUGCAAGAAACAUUAGAAGAUCCUCCAUCAACAGUAAAUCUGGAUCCUGGGGAAUUCCACAGCUUACAGAUUCUGAUAUUCUCCAAAACGAGUGUAAGAAAAUGUACGCAAUCUGAAUUUGUCGAUACUCGAUCCGUUUUCACAUUUUAUGUACACGGCAAGAAGUUGAUGUACCUUUUUCUGACAUGGUUGAUUUCAAUGAGUUGAUGCCGGUGAAGCACUGGUAUUGAGGAGUUACCUGAGAUGCUUUGUACCCCCAGAAAUCGAAUAAAGAUUAGACCAGAAAGGAAGAGAGUAACGUUAAUGCAACACCGAUUGUGAAUGGGGGAAGAGAUGUGCAUUGAUAUAACCUAUAGCUUGAAGAGUUUCAGCUAUAUAUAUGAUCAACAAUAAAAGUUACUAGGACUCGAAUAUAAUAAAAAGCUAAAUCCCGAGAAAAAUACAUGUUGUAUACUGGUUCCUGUUCUAUGGAUUUCCUAACCAAUGGAUACUUUGGCAGGAAAUUUACAUUA